GAGCAAUUUUGGGUCUCUUCUUCCAGAUUUGAUUAAUAUCUGCUGAAGGUUAUUCCUUUACUGAAGUGCUUUGCUGCUGCUAUAAGCCUGAAGCUGCUGCAGGAUGCAACACUGUGCUGAGGGAUUGCUGAGGUAGCUCGGUUUUACAGCAUUCUUCCUGUACACUACUUUGCAGAGGAAUGCAAGCUUCAAAGAAUAAAAACACAGAAAAGCCAGAACCAUUCUACAGGCUUUCAGUGCCGAAGCAGAAGACCAGUUCUGAGAUUAUAAAUGAAGCCAGAAAUGUUCUACGAACACUAAGAACUCAGAGGCCAUUUACACCUACAGAGAAUCAAAGGAAACUUUUUGGAUCUGGAUCCUCACUAGCUCCUCAAAAUAGACCUCCUUCAGUUUUUAGUGUUCAUGCUUCCAGUUUUGAUUUGGCUGAAUCAAGACCAGUUUCUGGUAUUCGUCUUAGCCCACUGGAUUAUAAGCCAGUACUAGUCACUUGUGCAAAAGAUGAAGAUCGUUCCAUUUCCCUUCCAAAGCCUGCUGUGGAUGCUGCGGAGGCUAGAAAAAUCAGUAGUGCUCGGGCACACUUAUUUAGAAGAACUUCUCAGGGAAAUGUCUUUCCUGCUAAAAUGGUUCCUCCUGAUCAGACUUUCUUCAAUGAAGAGAAGCUAGAUUCUGAAGAACCUGCUACGAUGAGUAAUCUUUGCAGAAGUAAUGAUAUCUGCUUAACAGAGCAAAGGGCAUAUACACCGUUUAAUGAUGAAAGUGGACAAUUAAUUUGUAAAGAGCAUAGUGGCAAAUUGGAGAGGGAAGAUGUCCUAAAAGGCACACCAGGAAACUUUUUAUUUCAGCUAAAAGGUGAAAGAAGUGUCACCGGUGAUGGCAGAUUUGCUGAUGAAGAGCAACCGUUUCCCUGUGACCAGAUGAGAAGGCCUGGUGUAGGUUCAUUGUGGCCAAGAAGUGCAGGGUGGAAGAGAAGACUAACAGGCUUAGAGGAUGAAACAAGGAUAAACGAAUCAGAAGAGGAAAAAAUCUUUUGGCAUAUGAAAGUUCUACCAAUUCUACAGGAACUGAAAAGUGUAGAAGACAAUGUCAAAAAUCUUUGUCUGGCUUGCACCAAGCUCUAUCAAGCCUUGAAUGAAGGAGAUAUGUUUCGGAAAAAAUUUAAAAGAAGAAAUGUGCUUCUGAAGACGUUAUAUAAACUUGUAGACAUUGAUUCAGAUCCACUUUGCCUGAAGCUGGCAAAGAUUUUUCUCUCUAUGAAAGUGGAUGGAAAAAAUCUUCUCAAUGCCUGCAAGCUUGCAUUUAAAAUUUGCAAGAAUGAAAAAAAUGAUUAUAUCAUUCAAAAUGAUAAAUUAUUGGAUUGUUUAUUGGAGGUCCUGACAACUGAAGAUCUACAAAAAAACAAUGAAGCUCUCCUGUAUUGCAUGGGAGCUAUAAAAUUCAUGUCUGGAAAUGCAGUACUCCGUAAUGAAAUGGUCAGCAAAGGAGCUGUUGAAAUGUUGCUGCAAUUAAUGAAGCAGAUUAAUAACAUAAAAGAAAGUGACGCAUAUUUCUCCAACUUGGGCCACCUAUUAGUCCAGCUGACAGCGACUUUGCGAAACUUGGCUGACUUAGCUCAGGCAAGAUGCCAACUCAUUUGCAGUGGUGCAGUCUCUGAGCUCUGUGUGGCGCUAGAGCAACGUGUGAACGAUAAGGAUGUGUGCACCUACAUUGUCAGGAUUUUCAGCAAACUUUCUUCCUAUGAUGACUUCUGUGCAGCUUUAGCAGACUGCUCCAGAUGUUACGUCUUAUUUUUAGCCCUACUAAGCAAACACCAGAAGCAGCAGGAUUUGGUUAUCCGUAUCAUCUUCAUUCUUGGUAAUUUAACAGCAGAGAAUAACAAGGCCCGUGAGCAUUUUUUUAAAGAAAAAGGAAGUCUUAACACCUUGAUAUCAUUAUUUCAAACCUACCACGAACUUGAUUUGAAUGCAGAGAAAUGGUGCCAUAUAAGAGGAAGGGAAGAAGAAAAACAAACAAAACAUCCUUCAGAAGCAGAAGAUGUUCUGAUAAAACUGAUAAGAGUGCUGGCCAAUCUCUCCAUUCAUCCCAGUGUAGGAGCAACUUUGGCAGCUGCCCAUCAUGUUGUAGAACUACUUGUUACAGUACUAGAAUAUAAGUCAAUUGAUGUCUGUGAGGAGUUGGUCAUCAAUGCUGCAACAACAAUCAACAAUUUAUCCUUCUACAAAGUGAAGGGUUCUGCUGUUCAAGACAAGAAGCUACACAUUGCUGAAAUGCUUUUAAAGCUGUUAAUGAGCAACAGUAUGGAUGGAGUUGUGGAGGCUGUCAGAGUCUUUGGCAAUCUUUCCCAGUAUCAUGAGAUCUGUGACUUCAUCGUACAGAAAAAGAUAUACAAGUUCGUGAUUGCCUUACUUGAUGCCAAGAAUCAAGAUGUCUGUUUUUCUGCCUGUGGAGUUCUGCUCAAUCUCACAGUGGAUAAGGACAAACGAGCUCUUCUGAUGGAAGAAGGAGGAAUUGGGAAGUUAGUCGACUGUUUACGAGACUUUGGGCCAGCGGACUGGCAGUUGGCUUGUCUGAUAUGCAAAACCCUGUGGAACUACAGUGAAAACAUCACAAGUGCGGCCUUGUGCUUUGGAGAAGAUACUGACACAUUGCUGGCACUGCUCACAUCACUCUUAGAUGAAGAGCUAGUACUGGAUUACAGCCUCGACAGAGAUUUAAGGGACUACCACAAACUGUAUUGGGAAAGAGAGUUCAAACCUGUGGCAGAAAAACUUCUUGACAGAAUUCAAAGCCAUCACUCCUUUGUUCCAAGUGUGACCAUUACUACAUGUUAAUCAGUCAUGAUAUUUUUUGUGAUGUAGACUGUACAGCUACAGGUUUCUAAUAUAGCUGUUCAUUGCCAUCGGUAAGUAUGGUGGAAGCACAGGAAGGUAAUUUUUAGGAAGGUAGUAAAGCCUGGUGUUUAUAUACUGGAAACUAUCUUCUGAGAAGCUUGUAUGAAAUUUUUGCACGUGUAAUUACUUUUUACAAUACAUUUGAGUUCAUCAAGCAGC